CCCCGAUAUAAGAGACAAACAUUGGAAAGUCAGCUGAUCGAGAAGAGAACCUCCCUUCGGAAAGAAAACUUCUCGAUAAAAACAUAGAUAUGAAGUCGACAGGAGAUUCCCAGGCAACAGUUGUCCACAUUCGCAUCAUUCGAGAGAAGAAACACAAGUUUUCCUGUGAUUUUUGCCUCCAAUCCUUUUCAUCAGCUGACCGGCUUAGCCAGCACGUAGCAAGUGACCAUACCUCCCUAGAUAUUCAGGAUGUGUACAUGUGCCCUCUGUGCAGGUGUUGCUUAUUAUGUCAGGAUGACCUCUCAGAUCACCUCCAUGUGAAGCAUCAGGUUUUGAUCAACAGCUUGCAAGAGCCAGCUAUUUGUGAAUUUUGUGGAUUAUGUUUAGAUGAUGGAGAAUCACUGUCUUAUCAUCAUAGAACAUCACACCAUUCAGAAACUAAUGGCACCUCAGUUGUUAAAAGAGUGGAACUAACACUAAGAGAUAUAUCCAAUAUGGGAAUGGGAAAUCCAUCAUGCAAAACACUUUUUCAGUUGAUUGAAUACCCAAUAGAGAAAAGUUCAGUAGAUUUACAGACUGUAGAUGAAAGAGAUGGGGAGGAAAUAGUGGUGAAACCAAAAGAAAAUAGUGAAAUUUUUGAAGUAAGUGAAAGUACUAUGCCUCAUUUUGAAAUUCAAGGAGUUUUUGAAGAUGACAAUUUUGUAAGUGUUGAAACUUGUAAUGAUACUACAUUUCCACACUCCUUUGAAAAUAGUAGUCAAAACCUAGAAGAUGAGGUACAGAAUUUUGAAAUUUGUGAUAAUUCAAAUGAUGAGGCUAAAGCAGUGGGAGAUGUCCAGUCUAAUGAUUCUCAUAUAGAAAUGGUAAUAUGUUGCAACUCUUCUGAAAAAUCAGAGACAUCGUCAGGGGAAAUAAUUCUUACGGUUGAGAGUGACAAAGAACUAGUGUGGAGCAAUGAUUUCAUGUCACAAGUUAUAAAUUCAAGUGGUAUAUUAAAAAGAAAUUCUGAACCUAUUAGACCUUCUGGUUCUGUUGAAAGCAGUUGUAUCAGUUAUUCACUUCAGUUUGAUGAUGCCGAUACAAGACAGGUGAAAGUGGGAUGCGAACAGAACUUUGAAACUAGAAAUGAAAAGGAAAGUGACAGAAGUUGUGAUCAGUUGAUAAAUGCUUCUCAGUCAAUAGAGGUUAUCUCAUCUGAACCUUAUUUAGCAAGAAAAUCAAGGGGAGCAAGACGGAAAGUCUGUGCUAUAUGUGGCGUUGUCUUCAGGCAGCUUGGUGAACUGGAACAACAUGAAAGUACCCAGCAUGGCAUAAGAGUGAAGUGUGACCUCUGCGAUGACACUUUUGCAUUUUCAAAGUCGCUGCGUAAUCAUUAUCUGCGGAAGCAUUCAAAAGAUGGAAAUUUUCGUUGUGAAGAAUGUAAUAAGAGUUUCAAAUGUAGAAGUAAUCUUUGGUCACAUCGAUUCACACAUACCAGUCAAGAGGAUCGAAGAUUUACGUGUCCAGAAUGUCCACAGCGCUUCAAUACUAGAUCCAAAUUGAAUGUUCAUCUACAGAGCCACACAGGAGAAAAGAAGUUUCAGUGUGGAGAAUGUCAGAAAGGCUUUAUCUAUCAAGGACUUUUACUCCGGCACAUGAGAAAACAUUUUCCUGAAACAGAUAAUUUCCUCAGUGAUGAUCAAAGUAUCUAUAUGGUGGAAGUUGGAGAAAAAGCAUCAGAGGACGAUACUACUCAGCAUUAGAAAUUUUUACUUGACAUGUGUCAGUGCAGCUGUUAACAUUUUAUAUGGUCUUUAUUUUGAAAUAUACCUUUGAUGAA